AUGAGGAGCGUAGUGCUUGUUUCUCUAGCCGCUGCAAUAGGCAAUAUGUUGCAGGGCUGGGACAAUGCCACCAUCGCAGGAGCUGUAAUUUACAUAAAGAAAGAAUUUCACUUGGAGACAGAACCAAAGAUUGAAGGACUCAUCGUCGCAAUGUCUCUCAUUGGAGCCACUAUGAUCACAACUUUCUCCGGUCCAGUCUCCGACAGAGUAGGAAGACGCUCUAUGCUAAUCCUCUCCUCUCUCCUCUACUUCCUGAGCAGCAUCGUCAUGUUUUGGUCUCCCAAUGUCUACGUUCUCCUUUUCGCAAGGCUUCUUGAUGGGUUUGGAAUCGGUCUAGCUGUCACUCUCGUUCCCAUUUACAUCUCUGAGACCGCACCUUCUGAGAUCAGAGGCCUGCUCAACACUUUCCCUCAGUUCUGUGGCUCUGGUGGCAUGUUUCUUUCGUAUUGUCUUGUCUUUGGAAUGUCUCUUCAAGAAUCUCCCAGCUGGAGGCUGAUGCUUGGGGUUCUGUCGAUUCCUUCGGUUCUUUACUUCUUACUUGCGGCUUUCUUCUUGCCUGAAUCUCCGAGGUGGCUUGCCAGCAAAGGAAGGAUGGAAGAAGCUAAACAGGUCCUGCAGAGACUCCGUGGCAGAGAAGAUGUUUCAGGCGAGCUUGCUCUGCUUGUAGAAGGGCUUGGGGUUGGGAAAGACACGUCGAUAGAAGAAUACGUGAUUGGACCGGACAAUGAUGUAAGCGAGGGUGGACAUGAACUACCAAGGAAAGACCAGAUAAAACUAUACGGUCCAGAGGAUGGACAGUCAUGGAUGGCUAAGCCUGUCAAAGGACAGAGUUCUCUGGCUUUAGCGUCCAGACAAGGAAGCAUGAUGACACGUGGAGGAUCCCUCUUGGACCCAGUUGUCUCUCUCUUUGGCAGCAUUCAUGAGAAGCUUCCUUCUGAGAACAUGAACUCAUUAUCAUCACGCAGCAUGAUCUUCCCAAACAUGGGAAGUAUAAUGGGACCUACGGGAAGGCAGGAGUCUCAGUGGGAUCCAGAGAGGCACAAUGAUGACAGCUCUGAACAUGAUGAAAGCUUGAACAGUCCUCUGCUUUCUCCGCAGACCACUGAGUCUGGUUCCGUUGGGACCAUGCAGAGGAGACAGAGCAGUUUGUUUAUGGCAAACGUGGGUGAGACGGCGACUGCUACAAGCAUAGGAGGUGGAUGGCAAUUGGCGUGGAAGUAUAAUGAUAAGGUUGGUGCAGAUGGUCAGAGAGUUAAUGGAGGGUUACAGAGAAUGUAUAUCCACGAGGAGAGUGCUAACAACAACAACAACAACACUGGCUUCUCGCGACGUGGAUCACUUCUCUCCUUCCACACAGAAGCUGGUGUUCCUGAUCAGAGUGGGAAUGGAUUUAUUCAAGCUGCUGCACUUGUGAGCCAAGCUUCUAUGAUUCCUGGAAUUAAAGGUGAGACUGCAAUGUUGCCACAGGAGGUUAAGGCUGGUCCUGGAUGGAGGGAGCUGAAGGAACCAGGUGUGAAGAGAGCUUUGAUGGUUGGAGUUGGGCUUCAGAUACUGCAACAGUUUGCAGGAAUAAAUGGAGUGAUGUAUUACACACCACAAAUAUUGGAAGAAACAGGUGUUUCAAGUCUUUUGACAAACCUUGGAAUAGGUGCUGAGUCUUCAUCACUUCUCAUAAGCGCCUUAACUACACUCUUGAUGCUUCCUUGUAUUCUUGUUUCCAUGAGGUUAAUGGAUGUAUCUGGAAGAAGGUCUCUGCUGCUUUCUACAAUCCCCAUUCUAAUCCUGUCGCUGCUAACGCUUGUGAUAGCAAGCUUGGUGGAGCUUGGAGGCACAGCAAACGCACUGCUAUCAACCGCUAGCGUUAUGGUGUACCUAAGCUGUUUUGUGAUGGGGUUUGGAGCCAUACCAAACAUCCUCUGCUCAGAGAUUUUCCCUACCUCUGUGCGUGGCCUCUGCAUCACAAUCUGUGCCCUCACUUUCUGGAUCUGUGACAUUAUUGUCACUUACACUCUUCCAGUCAUGCUCAAAUCUCUAGGCCUUGCGGGAGUCUUUGGAAUUUAUGCAUGUGUUUGUGCUGUAGCUUGGGUUUUCGUGUACCUCAAGGUGCCGGAGACAAAGGGAAUGCCUCUUGAAGUUAUCUCUGAGUUCUUCUCUGUUGGUGCGAAACACCAAGACGCUGCAGCUUCGUUUCUCUCUGAUGGCUGA